AAUCCCAUUGUGUUGUGCUGGCGGCGCCCGACCAUUGAGGGAGGGGCGGGGGAGCUGGUGGCUGACCUCCUCCUCCUGCCGCUGGGGAGAAACCGAGGCUGAGCCUAGAGAAGUUGGCGUCUGAUUCCCCCAGCAGCAGCAGCAGCCCGGUUGGAGAAGCGGCUGAGCCAGGCAGGAGCCCGCCUCUGCAUUUUGCAAAGCCCAGGGAGCUGGCGGAAGGAAGGGAUCCUUUGCAUUUGGAGGUGUCUUGGAAAUGACCCCCCAGGACCCUACUGGUGCCAUUUUGGGCUCCUGGGGGCUCCUCUUCUUACUUCUUUCCUCUCUGCCCUGCCACCUGUGUCCAGUCCCCUGUGAGUGCUCAGAACCAGCUCGUACUGUGAAGUGUGUUCAGAAGGAGCUGACCGCUGUCCCGACGGGGAUUCCAGGAUAUACCCGCAACCUCUUUAUAACUGGUAACCAGAUCACUUGGAUUGGUAGGCAGGACUUCCAAGGGCUGCCCAAUCUGGUUACCCUCUCGCUGGCAAACAACAGGAUCAGUACAGUGGAGUCUUGGGCAUUCUCCACUCUCCAGAGCCUGCGUUACCUGGAUCUGAGUAACAACCUCCUGUUUACCAUUCGCCCCGAAGCUUUCAAUGUCACAGCCAACUCUAUUCAGGAGCUAAAUCUUAGCCAUUCUCUGUAUAAUUCUUCUGCUCUCCUCUCCUUAGAGGCAACCCUUGUUCAAGGGGGCUUCCGGAACCUCUCUAGACUCGAGCUGACCAGCAAUGAAAUUGUCUAUUUGCCACCAGGCAUGUUCUCGGGCCUCCCCAAACUCAAACACUUGGACCUGCGGAACAACUCACUGAUGGACAUUAAGAAUUCCACCUUUUCUGGCCUUAAUCUUAAAUUCCUUGAUCUGACCUUGAAUGCCUUCAGGACUCUGAAGACAGAAGCGCUUUCUGUGCUUGGGAGGCAGCCACACCUCCGUGUCUUCCUCAAGGACAAUCCUUUUAUGUGCAAUUGUGACAUCAAGGAGCUGGUGAGUUGGCUGAACCAAAGCCAGCAGGUGGGGGAUAUGGACAAACUGACCUGUGUCUUCCCUCAGGAGCUGCAGAACAUCUCCCUGGUGGACCAAGUUGGGACCAAGUUUGCGUGCCACUCCAGCCAAUCUGGAGAAAAUGCUCUUCAAACUUCAUAUGCCGCCUUGGGUGUGGCCCUUGGAGUAAUCGGCAUUAUAUUCCUUUUUGUGCUUUAUCUAAACCGUAAAGGCAUGAAGAUGUGGGCAUACAGCAUGCGGGAUACUUGCCAGAACUUGUUGGAAGAGUACCGCUAUCGUUAUGAGAUGGAUUCUGAUCGCCGUAUUGCACAAAUGUUGGCAAUGGACAUAUAACACUUUUCUUGGUGGUCGUUUUGCAUUUCUGGGGCAAUCUUGUUUCUGUCAGGAAAAUGGGCAAAGUCCAUCUCUCCUUACAACACUGACUGCUUUUUCACUGCAAAAUGCUAGGCCUUACAAGGUUCUUGCAGACAAGGUUCUUGAUACAGACCUUAAGAACAUAAGAUGAAUGUAUGAAGCCACCUUGCAUUUAAUUAGAUCAGUACAUCUAACUCAGUGUUGUUUGCUGUGACUGUAACUCCAGGGUCUGGUUAAGAAAGAGCUUGCUUUCUUCAUCUGGUCCUGAGAUCCUUUAACUGGAGAUGCUGAGAACUGAACCUGGGACCUUCUGCACAGUGAACAGACGUUUUACCCCCUGAGCCACAGCCCAUCUCCAAUCUCGUUGUAUAGUCUUCAUACAUAAGCAUUCUGUAGACUUCAGCCUUUUAGAUUUCUCCUGUGCACAGGGUUGAAAUAAGCUGUCACAGUUCUAAAGUGCCAGCACCAGAUUUUUGAACUUUUUGUAGACCACAUGUCGUGGAUUUUUCUCAUCUGACCUUCGAGAUUGGAGAGAGGGCUUUUAAAAAUUGUAUCUGUGGACUUGUGAUCUACCUCGCUCUCUGGACCUGGUUCUUGGAAAAUUCUGGUGCUUAUACCAUAUCAGUGUUAGUCAUAAAAGUGUCAUAGCCAAAGCAACCAGAAGUCUUAUGAUACCUUGAAGGCUAACAGGUUAAUUGUAUGAGUCGGUGUGCAUUUCUUCUUCAGGUGUAUGUGUCAGGCAUGGCCAAAUGACUGAAGUCACUUUUGUAGAAGGGGAUGGAACAUAAUGUACAUCAGUGUGUAGAAGUGGUUAGAGUCCCAGGUUUGAAACCCCACUCUGCUAUGGAAAAUUGCUGUGAUUGUAGCAGCAAAAGGCCAGCUGCUAUCAAAAAUGUAACCAAGCCUUCUUAAAAAGCAAAAUAGAGCUUUUUUAUUGAGAAAAUUAGAACAAUGUCUAAAAUCAAACAGAAUUACUGUUUGGCAAUAAUAGAUACGCAGAAAAUUACAUAGCUAACUCUUUGAAUACUCCCUGAAGUCCUACACAGCAAAAUUAUUCUUGAGGCCUUAGAUUUCCAACCGUACAAGCAAAGUUCUCUCUGGCAGCAACACAGUAGGAAGGUAAAAAGGGAUGAUUAACUGUUACUCUGAAGACUCUUUAUUGAAAAUGCUGUCCAUAAACUGGUGACUCCUUUCAGUCAGUUCUGGGGCUGCAGUGCCCGCACUUAACCUUCCAAACUUGAAGCAAAUUGUCCCUUCCUAACUGGAAUGAACAGUUUAUCCCUCCCAACUGUAAGUUUCUCAGCGGCAUUAAAUAUUUUAAUUAGAACAGGCCUGGGAAUACCUUCUUGAAUAUAAACAAUAACCCAAAAUUAAAAAAAAAUCACUCUGCACCUGGCCGAGCUUGCAGCUAGCUAAAACUAGAAGAUUCUCCCAAGAUGAAUACUUCAUUGACAGGGCCUUUGGCUAGUCGCACACUGUUGGUAGGUUGAUCUGAGGAUAAAAUGGAGGAGAGGAGAAGUUUGAAGCUGUUUGUAUCCCUGUUGGGGAAAAAGGCAGGGUAUAAGUGAAGUGAAUUUAAAAAAAUAAAAUAUACAUGAUAGCAACCAUUCUGGAUCAGACUAGUGGUCCUUUCAGUCCGGCACCCAGUUUAUACAGUUGCUAAUGAGGUGAUCCAUGUUACCCCCUCUCCCACUAUAUAGAUUAAGUGCAGUAAUACCCAUGAAGGUUCUUUUUCUAUUUGAAGAGCCAAUUUUUGUUUCUCACUUCCUCUUGCUCAGCCUAGACUGCAGCCCCCUCCUUUCAUAUCCAAUUAGAUCUCCUUCAGAACUGAUCUAGCUAUUUAGCAAGAUCACUUUGCUCUACAAAUGCAGUCACUCAGAAUUCAAAUAUGGCAAUCCCUUUAUGAGGCAGAAGUUGAUAUUUUAUUCUUGCUGGGGUAUAUUCUAGGCUUCUUUGCAUCUCUUCAUUUCAUCCCUUUUCUUUUGCUCCAGGGCUUUAAGAACAAAAUCAGGCAUUGGGAAUUUUCCUAUAAAAAUUUCCCCAAGUGCUUUUUCAAAACCGGCUUGUUUUAUUUAUGUUAAACACUGGUCUGGGCAGAAGGAAGAAUUUGCUUCGCGAUUGUCACAGUGGCCUGUCGACCAGCACUUCAUGGCUUCAGAAAUUGGUUGUUCCUGAGCUCACUUCUCCAAGGACGAUUUGCUCAGAAGAGACUGCAUAAUUAGUGGAUAAUAUAUAAAUUAAGAUUCCUAAUUAUGUAGACAGCAGCAGUCUUGCAGAAAUUAAUGAUUAGCCUCACAGCCUAGAUGAGGCACAGGCAUUUUCAACUUGAGGACUGUAUCCUCCAUCCGACAGAUGUAGAGGCUGCUAGGAAAGGUCCAAGGAGCAAGGACAAAAUAAAAAUUAGCAUCUGAGAUGUCCUCUUAUUUCCAGUUUCAGAGGUAAUUUGGUGAGUAACUUUCCUGGAGCAAAAUUUCUCAAGAAAUAGUACAUGCCAGGCAGGCCAGGUUUCUAAUCUGGCAUGGAGGCCCAAAAUAUUUGAUGGCCAGGCAGGGCUGCUAAAUUACAAGAGAGCCAGCCACGUCAUUUCUUAUUUGCUGACCUUACCAGAAGAACAGCCUCUUCAGUUACGACAGCGUUGAUAACUCUAGUCUAGUGAAACCUUAAUCCAGCCUGAUUCCAGCCUGUUGUAAAUAAUCAUGGGGGAUCCAUUAAUUCCAGGCUUUGUUUGAUUGGAAGGUUGACACCAGGACAGCGUUCUUGAAAAAGUGGAGGGGUGUGGGAAAGAGCUGCAGUACUGUAACUCAGAUCACCCCCUGAUGGGUUUCAGCGGUUUGUCCUGAAGGGAGCCUGUGAGAUUUUUGCAGAUCAAAGGCUGCCAUAUGGACAGCCAAGACUGCCUCCUCAUACCAAAAGGAUUUGGAGGGGAAUAUCUGUGCAUAAAUGUAUGCAGUUAAGAUAUGCAAAAAUGUAAGAAGUUAAAGUGGGGAUUUUAAAACCUUUUUUCCCCAACAUGCUCAGCUGCAUACUAUUGAGCAAAUUCAGAAGGUUUCCUGGGAGAAAUACUGUGGUGUCUGUCGAUCAAGAUUACAAAAGACAUGCUUGUGGAAAGAGGGAUCUGUCACUUCCUCUGACUGUUAACUAUGGAGACCAUUUUUUUUCAAGCCUAUUUGCAUUAUAGAUCACCAAGAUCUGGAAAGCUAUUUCUAAAUCCUGAAAAUAACAUACGUAUUUUAUGUGGGGAGAAAAUAUCUCCAUCAUAUGGGGAGGGGGGAGGAGAGAAUAUUUCCAUCAUUUAUAGCAACGUAUUGUUGCAUACAGUAAAAGGCUGCUGCAAAGCAUGGUGUUCCUACCACAUUGGGGUGGGAGCUGUAUGAAGGGAACUGACAUGUCUGUAGAAACAACGGAGGUAUGUACAUUACGCAUAUGUCUAGCAUGAAUACACAACAAUGCAAAUUAAUUCCGCAUACGCUAAAAUGCAUAAUAAAGUUAUUUCCAACCCA